GCAUGGCAUCAGAGAACCUACCUCAAGGUUCCACCAGACACCGUCUCAGCCAGCCCAGCAGCAGCCGCAUCUUCCCCAUGGCCUUCGUGCUCUCUCUACUCAUGGCCCUGGUGCUGGUCAGCUACGGCCCAGGAGGAUCCCUGGGCUGUGACCUGUCUCAGAACCACGUGCUGGUUGGCAGGAAGAACCUAAUGUUCCUGGGCCAAAUGAGGAGACUCUCCCCUCGCUUCUGUCUGCAAGACAGAAAAGACUUCGCUUUCCCCCAGGAGAUGGUGGAGGGCGGCCAGCUCCAGGAGGCCCAGGCCAUCUCUGUGCUCCACGAGAUGCUCCAGCAGAGCUUCAACCUCUUCCACACAGAGGGCUCCUCUGCUGCCUGGGACACCACCCUCCUGGAGCAGCUCCGCACUGGACUCCAUCAGCAGCUGGACCACCUGGACGCCUGCCUGGGGCAGGUGAUGGGAGAGGAAGACUCUGCCCUGGGAAGGAUGGGCCCCACCCUGGCCGUGAAGAGGUACUUCCAGGGCAUCCAUGUCUACCUGAAAGAGAAGGGAAUACAGCGACUGCUGCCUGGGAAACCGUCAGAGUGGAAAUCAUGA